UCGACCAAAGUUUUUUUUUUUCCCGUUCACUGUUUCAAUACUCAAAAGAAAUGGCGGAGGAGAAGAAAGCUCAGUCUUCUGGGGUUUGGCCAAAGGUCAAGCCUUUUGUCAAUGGCGGUGCCUCUGGUAUGCUUGCUACCUGUGUCAUCCAACCCAUCGAUAUGAUCAAGGUGAGAAUCCAACUGGGUCAGGGAUCGGCGGGAACCGUCACCAGGAACAUGCUUAAGGAGGAAGGUGUUCGCGCCUUUUACAAGGGGCUAUCAGCUGGACUUCUCAGGCAAGCUACAUAUACUACUGCUCGACUGGGAUCAUUCAAGAUGCUGACGAACAAAGCAAUUGAAGCCAAUGACGGGAAGCCCUUACCUCUAUACCAGAAGGCUUUGUGUGGUCUGACUGCUGGUGCUAUCGGGGCCUGUGUUGGCAGUCCAGCUGAUUUGGCACUUAUCCGUAUGCAGGCUGAUGCCACUUUGCCUGCUGCGCAGCGCCGAAAUUACUCCAAUGCAUUCCAUGCUCUCUAUCGUAUUGUUUCAGAUGAAGGGGUUUUGGCACUUUGGAAAGGUGCAGGCCCUACGGUAGUCAGAGCCAUGGCAUUGAACAUGGGAAUGCUUGCCUCAUACGAUCAAAGUGUCGAGUUUUUCAAGGAUAACCUUGGCUUAGGAGAAGCUGCUACUGUGGUUGGUGCAAGUACCAUUUCGGGUUUCUUUGCUGCAGCUUGCAGUUUGCCUUUCGAUUACGUGAAAACACAAAUCCAGAAAAUGCAACCUGACUCCUCGGGCAAGUAUCCAUACACUGGCUCUUUGGACUGUGCCAUGAAAACCCUCAAGGCUGGAGGACCAUUCAAAUUUUACACAGGGUUCCCAGUGUAUUGCGUUAGAAUCGCUCCACACGUCAUGAUGACUUGGAUAUUCCUCAACCAGAUUCAGAAGGCUGAGAAGAAAGUGGGGUUGUAGAGUGUUCUCGUGUGUCGGAGACGAGGAGUAACGGUGUAGUAGGUUGAUCGCAUUGAAUAAAAGUGCUCGUUUUUGGUCGGUUCUCGCCGAUUAUACAAAUUUUGAAGUGGAUUUCAAAUCAAAAUCUUCAAUGUUUUAUUUUGCCCCGUUAAAUUUGUAGGGUGUGAUUGAAAACAAGAGUUUUAGGAGUAUGAUUUUAAAGCUUACAAGGAACUUUAUACUUUUGAUUCAAGAAUAAGUGCACAUUAAGAUAUCAAA